AUGAUGACGGGUAACGAUACCGCCUCCAGUUCGCGCGUGAGCCCGCAAGGAGGCAUUCUCGAGGGUGGAAGCCCGUCUCACUAUGACUCCAAGAAUCCUCUUGUGCUAUUCAUCAUCCAGGCGGUGAUCAUCAUCGUGCUCUGCCGCCUUAUUCACUGGCCUCUUUCUAAGAUUCGUCAGCCUCGAGUCAUCGCAGAGGUCAUCGGCGGCAUUGUUCUAGGUCCCUCGGUGCUGGGCCGAAUCCCAGGUUUCACCGAUGCCAUCUUUCCCAGCGCCAGCAUCCCCAGCUUAAACGUGGUUGCCAACUUGGGACUAGUGCUCUUCUUGUUCCUGGUGGGUUUGGAAACUGACCUACGCUUUCUAGUAAGUAAUUGGCGGGUGGCCCUGGGGGUAUCUGCUGCAGGCAUGGUCCUGCCGUUUGGCCUGGGAUGUGCCAUCUCCUACGGUCUCUACAACCAAUUUCAUGAUGACCCAAGUACGGUACCAAUCGCUUUUGGGACCUACCUUCUCUUCAUCGGUAUCGCUAUGGCCAUCACAGCGUUUCCGGUGCUCUGCCGUAUCUUGACGGAGCUGAAGCUUCUCGGAACCAACGUUGGCGUGAUUGUCCUGUCGGCUGGAGUCGGAAAUGACGUUGUCGGCUGGAUCUUACUCGCUCUCUGCGUAGCUUUGGUGAAUGCGGGAAGUGGUAUCACCGCACUUUACGUGCUCCUCGUUUGUGUGGGCUACAUGCUCUUCUUGAUAUUUGCCUUUCGCCCCAUCUUCCACCGCUUUCUCCAGCGUACGGGAAGUUUGCAAAAAGGCCCCAGUCAGUCAGUCGUGACCUUGACCCUGCUUAUUGCCCUGGCAUCUGCGUUCUUCACUCAAGCCAUUGGGGUGCACGCCAUUUUCGGCGGGUUUGUGAUUGGCCUUAUGUGCCCACACGAGGGUGGCUUUGCCAUCAAGCUGACCGAGAAGAUUGAAGAUCUCGUUGCCGCCCUUUUCCUCCCUCUGUACUUCACACUAUCUGGUCUUAGCACCAAUUUGGGACUGCUGGAUACCGGGAUCGUCUGGGGCUACGUAGCUGGCGUCAUUUCCAUUGCAUUCACGGCUAAAGUGGCUGGAGGCGCUCUUGCUUCACGCGCCUCUGGGUUGUUAUGGCGCGAGAGUUUCUCAAUCGGUGUUCUCAUGAGCUGCAAGGGUUUGGUGGAGCUAAUUGUCUUGAAUAUCGGUCUGCAAGCAAAAAUUUUGAGCACGCGCACAUUCACGAUAUUCGUUGUCAUGGCUCUCGUGACAACCUUCUUGACGACCCCUUUAACCACGGUCCUCUAUCCCACCUGGUAUCAGGCCAAGGUUGCGCGAUGGCGACGCGGAGAGAUUGACUGGGAGGGCAAUCGCAUCCAGCAAGAAGGUCGUACGGAUAGUAUUGCCCAAGUCAAAGAUCAGCUGAAGACGGUCCCUGUCCGGAAGCUCCUGGUCUACCUCCGCUUGGAUGGUCUUUCUGGCAUCUGCACAUUGGUGGCUCUGCUGAGCCCCAGCGGUAGAGGUGCCCCGCCAACCCCUCUGGUGCAUCCUGCCAAACAACCAAAGCAGACGGAGCAAAACUUGGAGGAUGCGAUCAACCCAAUAGAGAACGAGGAAGAUACGCUCCGUGUCCACGGUGUGCGACUGGUGGAGCUCACCGACCGUGAUUCUAGUGUGAUGAGGGUCUCCGCAGGCGAACAGGCCCUAUGGGACCCGGUAGUUAACACCUUCCGUGCGUUUGGGGAGUGGAACGAUGUUUCACUUAUGGCCGGAGUAUCGGUCGUGCCCGAGCAUUCGUAUGCCGACACAAUCAUUGCCAUGGCUCUUCAGGAUACGGCAGAUCUCCUUCUUCUCCCUUGGAGCGAAACAGGCACAUUGGUCGAUCGCCAAAAUGGACUCGAGGUUGAUAUCGCUGAUCGGUUUGCAAAUGGACCAUACACCGAUUUUGUUGCCCACAUCCUGGAGCGGACGCCCAACAACUGCUCGGUCCUCCAGCGGAUUAAGCAUCACAGGUUCUACAUGGUCUCGCUCAUCCCCUAUUCAUCGCUCACACCACGUCGUGCUUCCAUUCCUGGGGGUGAGGAUGAUCGUUUCGCACUUCGAUUUGUUCUGCAAUUAGUUCAAAACGAGCAGGUCACUGCGACCAUCAUUCAGGUCGGAAGGUUGCACACAGAGGCGACCAAAACUGCUUCUGGUAAUAUACCAAAUGAUAGCCAAUCCGAUCUCGUUUUCUUUGAGACCUUGCGCGAUUCCGUUCCACGCGAGCUCCAGGAACGUGUCGUUUUCCAACCGCUGGGGGCUCGUGGGGGCAUCACUGAUGAGUCCUCCCUGGCAUUGGCGGUUGUUCGGACAGACCUCGCGCAGCUUUCAAAUAAAUCUGGUAGUAUCGUGGUUGUCGGACGGCGGAGCAGGGUUUCAGGGUCAGACAUUGCAGUUCCUAUUGACGAGAGCAUUGGACCGGAUACCUUAUGCGCGCUGGGGCCGGUGGCUGUGGCCAUGGUGCAGCCCGAGAACAAGAUCUUGAGUAGCGUGCUGGUGCUCCAGGCUGGAGUCAGUACCGCGUCCAUUGGGGGUCAACACGAAUAA